AUGUCUGUGCAAGACGUGUAUAACAACUUUUAUUCGAGAUUCUCCUCUGUCAGAGAAUACCUCGCUCCUGUGCUGAAGAAUAGUAAAUUCAAAGAAACCGGCUGCAUUACCCCUGAAGAGUUCGUUGCUGCAGGAGACUUUUUAGUUUACAAGUGCCCAACUUGGUCAUGGGAGGGUGGUGAUCCAAGUAAGCGAAGAGACUAUCUUCCCGCCGACAAACAAUUUUUGAUAACGAGAAAUGUUCCAUGUCUUCGACGAGCAAAACAAAUGGAAUACACAGAAGAUGAUAAAGAGACGGAGAUCAAAGACGAAGGUGAUGACAACAAUGAUGACGGAUGGAUGUAUACACAUAGCGAUAGAGGUUACAGGAACUUAUAUCAUUUUCCUUUGUCAGUGUACAAGACUAUCGACGAGAUUGCUCAUAAUAUCGUUGAUACUGAGGAAAUACCUGAUUUGCCUCCUAUCGGCGCAUUAAGCAUUGAAGACAACCGUACUCAAGCUGAAAAGGACGAGGAUCUGGAAAUAGACCCAGAUAGCAUUCCAGAUAUAGACGAUAUUCCGGACAUGGAAGACGACCUUUAUGAAGAAGAGGAGGAUCCAGCUGCACUGACUACAACUAGUGUUGAACCCAGCAAGGAUUUGCCAUCAACUAGCGAAGAGAGCAAAAUUCUUCAGGUGCGAACGUAUGAUGUCUUCAUUACCUAUGACAAGUAUUACCAAACCCCACGACUAUAUCUUUUCGGAUAUGAUGAGCAACGCCGGCCACUCAUGUCCAAACAAGUAUUUGAAGAUGUGUCCUCGGACUACGUCAAGAAAACGGUUACUAUCGAAGCACAUCCCCAUUUGAACAUUAGUUUAGCUUCCAUUCACCCAUGUAAACAUGCUGAUGUUAUGAAGAAAAUCAUCGAACGAAUGGCUCAGUCAGCAAAAGACCCAGAGAAUGACCUGCGUGUUGACCAAUACCUGAUCAUAUUUCUCAAAUUCAUGUCAUCUGUCAUGCCUACUAUUGACUACGAUCACACCAUCAGUGCCUGA